AUGGCAGAUAACACUCCUACCCUAGCUGAAAUCGCAGAAAUUUUGAAAAAUAUUCAAAUCUCUAUUGCUACCAAUAAAAUUGACACCAAUAAAAUUGACACCAAAAAUAUUACAGAUGGUAUUACAAAGCAGUUGGGAACGAUUGAAAAAAGGUUGGUAUCCUAUGGAGAAUAUAUAAACAAAAUAUUGAAACACACUGGUUUAGAAAAGGAAGACAUACCUGAUUUAGUCGAUGAUACAGAUGGAGAAAAGAAGAUAGGAGAAAACGAAGAUGAUGAAACAAAGAAAGUUAAGGAGACUUCUUUUGUUCAAAACACCUCUAUUCCAGUCCAUGUUUCACAUAUCAUCCAACAUACAGAGCCGGUGGAAGGUUUUCUAAACACUCCAAACAAACAAGUUAAUGUGACUAUCAACCUUGAUGACGAUGAUAUAGUCGAAGAACAAGAGUUUCAAAAAUGGACGGAUGAAAAGAGAUUAAACUCUAAUAUACAUUCUUACGGGAAUCUACCAGAAUAUAAGUUAAAGGAUGAUAUACCUAGUUUUCAUGGUGGUUUACAAAUUGAAGGUUUGCUGGAUUGGUUUUAUGAAGUCGAAUCCUUUUUCAAUUUCAUGGACGUCCCUGACUCUUCUAAAGUAAAAUUGGUCGCCUAUAAAUUGAAAGGUGGAGCUGCAACUUGGUGGGAAACACUGUGCGAAGAUCGAGAUAAAUAUCAUAAACCUCCGAUACGUACUUGGAAAAGAAUGAGAGAAUUAUUACGAGCCAAGUUUUUACCAAAAUAUUAUAAGCAGCAACUAUUUCUCAAACUUCAAAACUGUCGCCAAGGAGCAAAAUUGGUUGAAGAAUAUGUAGCUGAGUUCUAUGGUUUGGUUGCUCGUAACCAAUUGAAGGAAACUGAAGAACAAUUAGUUGCAUUCUUUAUAGAUGGGUUGAAUAAUUUAAUUCAACAAGGGAUGACACAAUCAGCUUUUAAUAUGGAUGAAAAAGGUUCAACAGUUGUUGUUGAUCCAUCUUCACAGGGAUCAACUGUCUUUGUUGAUCCACAGGACAGAAGUUCAAACCAACCAUAUCAGCAACAACAAACUACUUCUAUUCUUUCAGAACCUGCUCCUACAAUGCAUAUUUCAUCUGCUAAGACACCCCAUGCUCCUCCACAACGAAAUUUUGUUCGUAAUACUCGAGGUAAUCAAUUUCCACAAGAAUUUCCUCCUUUAUCUAAAGGCUCUAAUCCUUAUUCAAAGUUUCGAGGGGAUAAAUGUAACAAGUGCAACCAAACUGGCCACACUUCUAGUGAUUGUCGAAAUUUUCAUGCUUACAUCAAUGAAGUUCAAGAAGACACACCAGCAGAUGAAAAAUUAGGAGAUGAUGAGUUUAAAUCUCAUUGUUUCAUUGAAGAGAAGCUUUGCACCAUGAUCAUUGACAGUGGAAGUACAAAAAACUAUGUUUCUGCAAAGUUAGUUGAGAAACUUGGGUUACCUGUUACUCUUCAUCCAAAGCCGUAUUCAAUUGGUUGGAUAAACAACUCUUCCACUCAGCAAACUAAUCAUCAAUGUUUGGUGAAAUUUUCUUUCCACGAAUAUUCAGAUUAUGCUUUGUGCGAUGUUAUUAACAUGACUGAAGCAAGUUUAUUGUUGGGAAGACCAUGGCAAUAUGAUAUUCGUGAUGUUCAUAACUGCUAUGAGAAUACUUAUACCUUUUUUCAUGAAGGGUUUACUAAAGUUUUAUGGCCUUUACAAUCUUCUACUUCAGUCAAGGAACCAACAGAUAAUAAGACAGCUGGAUUAGUUGCUACCAUUGUUCAUUCUUUACAACCAACUCAUUCUUUGAGUUCUCAUGAAGCUGAUAAACCAAUGGUGGAGAUUCCAGACAAGGUACAACCUUUAUUGUCUUCUUUUAGUGACUUAUUUCCUACUGAGUUACCCAAUGUUUUGCCUCCAAUGAGAGAUCUACAACAUCAUAUAGACUUUAUACUUGGAACUUUUAUUCCUAAUCAACCUCAUUAUAGGUUAAGUCCUAAAGAACAUGAGAUUUUACAAGGUCAGGUUGAUGAUUUGUUACAAAAAUGUUUGAUAAGACUUAGUAAAAGUCCUUGUGCUAGUCCAGCCUUUUUAGUAGACAAAAAGAAUGGCGGUCAUCGUAUGUGUAUAGAAUGUAGAGCAUUAAACAGAAUUAUUAUACCAUAUAGAUUUCCUAUACCAAGAAUUGAUGACAUGAUUGAUAUGCUUUCUGGUGCUAAAGUCUUUACUAAGCUUGAUUUGCAUAGUGGAUAUCAUCAAAUUCGUAUCCGUGAAGGUGAUGAGUGGAAAACAACAUUCAAGACAAAGGAAGGCUUAUAUGAAUUGUUAGUAAUGCCUUUUGGUUUAUCUAAUGCUCCUAGUACUUUUUCCAUAGUCACCAACUAG